AUGAGGACGCGCUUUGUUUGUGUCUCUGACACGCACGGAUACACGCCAUCAGAAGCAGGGUACAAACUACCAGCGGGAGAUGUCUUGAUUCACGCGGGAGAUCUUACGAACCAAGGCAGUCUAUCUGAGUUGCGCAAAACGAUCGAAUGGAUUUCCAAGGCCGACUAUGAGGUCAAGAUAGUUAUCUGCGGCAAUCAUGACAUUACGUUAGACGCAAGCUUUUAUGCUAAAUACGGAUCGACGUUCCAUAAUCAGAGUCUAGAAAACCCUGAGCAAUGUCUGGAAGUUGUGAGGGUAGGAUCCCCCUCAAUAGUAUUUCUUCAGCAUCAGUCAGCACUAGUCCGCUUGACCCGGGCCGACGGCCCCAAGACCGUAUUUAAAGUCUUUGGCUCGCCCUACUCCCAGUUCAUGGGAAACUGGGCAUUCGGAUACGAAUCGGCCGACGCUGCUGCGCUCUGGGGGCAGAUUCCAUUGGACGCAGACAUUGUCAUCACACACACGCCGCCUCAUUCUCACUGUGACAGCCUGGGCACUGGCGAGCCCGUCGGGUGCAAGGCCCUACGUCAGGCAUUGAGCAAGGUGAGACCUCUGCUUGCCGUUUGCGGUCAUGUACAUGAGGCGCGGGGCUAUGAGAGGGUCAAAUGGUCCUCACCAUCGUCAACCAAUUCCGGACCGGAACAAACCGAGCAUCAGGUUAUGCGAGGUGUCCUACCUCCUCGAGAAAGCAAGAAGCAAAACCUAGUUGAUCUAACGGGCAAAAAGGCCGAGCGUCUGGACAACGAUGGCCACUCUGUCGACGCGAAUCCAGAUUUGCAGACGGCAUCAUUCACACCGUCGCAGAAUGCCCUGCUACUGCCCUCAAUUACAGCCUCAACAUCCAUGAUGCCCGACAGUCCGCGACAGAGUCAAAAUGCGCCUUUCCCGCUCCUUUCGAGUUUGAUCGAGGAUACACGCAGUGACGAUAUCCGUUUCCGACGAAAGGAGACGUGCAUCGUCAACGCCGCUAUCGUGGCAAACAAUUGGCCGCACCGAGGGGGGAAGAAAUUCAAUCCUCCUAUCGUAGUUGACCUGGAGCUGCCGACCUGGACAGAGCCUGAGUAG